CACAACACGACGCAGCUGCCCCCACACAAUCGGAAACAAAUCCGUGAUUGUCGCUAAAGACGAAAAGAGUUGCAAAAACCCAAAGCCAAAGCACAAAAACUUGUGGAGAGAUAGAGACAGGAGGGUGUAAGCAGAUGCAGCAGUAGUAGCUAGCUUUCCAGUUAUGGGAAGAAAUCCUUGUUGUUCCAAGGAAGGAGUGAAGAGAGGACCAUGGACUUCUCUUGAAGACAAAAUGCUUGCAGAUUACAUCCAAGCACACGGUGAAGGAAAAUGGAGCAAUGUUCCUAAACAUGCAGGGCGGAAGAGAUGUGGGAAGAGUUGUAGGCUGCGGUGGCUAAAUUAUCUGAGACCAAACAAGCGAGGCGACAUUACACAAGAUGAAGAAGAUCUCAUCAUCAGACUCCACAAACUCUUAGAUGGUCUCCAAUAGCUGGGAGAGUUCCAGGACGAACAAACAAUGACGUCAAGAAUUACUGGAAUAACAAUUUAUGUAAGACACCACAACAGGAAGAUGAAUUAUCAUGUAGACCUCCACCUCCACUGAGUUUUCAGACACAAUUAAAUUAUCAUGUAGACCUCCACCU